GAGCGCAGCAAUGACAUACUUAAUGUGUCCACCGUCCAAGCUGGACAAUAUGGAACUAGUUUCUUGCACUUAAUUUUCCCGGAUCUUGCGGCAAAGACUGCAUUUGAACUAUUUUACUCUCGCGUGGGUCAACACACGUCUGUGGGUGGGUACUGGAACGAUCCGCACAAACAAGCCCUAUAUAUGAAAUAUAGCGAAUUCUUACCAUUGAUAAACAAUGAGAAGCUUAGCUCCAAUUCAACAUCGUUCAAAAUGGGAAUGGUUCGGCUGAAUAAGCUUGUACUAAUUGGAGGACCCAAUGAUGGUGUUAUUACACCAUGGCAAUCUAGUCAUUUUAGUUACUUUAAUGAAUCAUUGGAUGUGGUUCCAUUUUACAAACGGGAAAUCUACAUGAAUGACUCAAUCGGACUGAAAACUUUGCUGGAAGCUGAAAAACUAAUAAUCAUUGUAAAGCCAUUCGUACACCAUCUUUCAUGGCAUUCGAACAAGCGAGUUAUCAAUCAAGUCAUAAUGCCAUAUUUGGAUUGAACAAAUUCAUCAUUUAGUGAGUAGAAGCAGGCUGUGAUUCGAACGGAAUGGAACAGAAUGGGUAAACAUAUAAUUUUGAACUGAUUUGCAUAAGGGUAAUCGAAAAUAUACAGGAGUAUAUGUCACUCAAGCUAUAUACUAUUUAAUAAUAGGGAUUUUUAUUUUUAUAGAAGAGGAAAUAAGGCUAUUCUCAAGGGAUGUAACAAUACAAAGUAAAUAAUCUACUUUUAAUAUAGUUCAAUUGUUCGGUCGAAAUACUAUUUUUAUUUUAAUUUUAAUUUUAAGUUUUUGUGAAAUAAAAUAGGAAAACACAAUAGUCCUUAUCUCCUAUAAUUGGUUCUCUCGGGUUGUCUGCAUGAGUAUACAUCUAUGUAUUCCAAAUCUCUACUCUUUAGCUCCUUAAAUAAAAAGGCUUUUCAGUUAUAGUACACAUUGUAAUGACCGAUUCGUCACAUUCCUUGAGGGCGUAUCGUAUUCCUUACACGUUAGGGCGGACAGACAGAAAAACGGACAUUGCACAAAACCAAAAUACUCUUUCACUUCAUGAACGCAGAGAAAAUGUAUGAAAAUAUAUAUUACUAUGAAAAUGAAAACAUACUAAACACUAAAGACAUAUUGCCUAUACCAUGAUUUAUGGAGAUUGUGCUUCAAUGAAAGAUCUCGCAUAUUAGAAUUACUUAUAUCCUUCCUUAAAACGAGCGAACUUUAAUAAAAACUAUGAAAAAAUCAAUAAAAACAUCAAUAAAAUCGAUAAAUUGUUGAAUAAAAGAUCGAGUAUAGUUUUAGCGAACGUGUCGGAGGCAGAUGCGACUAAAAAGGAUAUAGGCAAUAGUAUCCGCUUAUUGGUAGCCACAGACACUCAUGUAGGAUACGCUGAGAAGGACGCGGUACGUAGCAAAGACAGUUCUUCGACAUAUUGGAAAUGGGCUUGGAUUUCAAUAUGAAUAAUUCGUUAAAGUGAGUAGAUCCCUUACAAUAAAUCUACAAUAAGUU